AUGGCAUUGCUUGUAGGAAAGAACAUGGCCAAGAUAGGCUAUUUCCUUGAAACUUAUCUGUUUAAUCCACCAUUCUUAUCUCUCCCCAUAGAAGGGGGUUUUAAGAAUGAAACAUUGAAGCUUGGGAUCCGCUUUGCAAACAGUGUUGUCAAGGCAGGCCUCAUGGUUGCUGUAAAAGGUCGCAAACAUCAUGAUCCUAUUUGUUCCGAAUAUAUUGGGUACUUCGAACACAGGAGGAAGAUGGAGGAGUUUGAGGUUGGAAAAAUUGAAAGGCUUGCAACAAAGAAUUCCAUGAGGAACCUAUUCUCAAGUGUGUUGGGAAUAAAUUCAGGUGCAGAAGCACUGCAUCUCCUUCCUUCAGCAUAUCUGACAGUUAAUAGGGGUCGGUUAUCAGAUUUUUAUGGAGCUCAUGGACUUCAACAGUGGUGGAAUCCUUAUUUUCCAUGUGAAGCUAUGUUUUAUAGGUACAACACUACAACUUGA